AUGUGUACUAAAUCCGCUUUUGUUCCGUUUUCGGUCGGAGCUGACAACAUUGACUUCUACAGUGCCAUCGAAGAGCUUUCUCAGAUCACUACUCCUUCCCUAGCAUUAUACUACUGCUUUUACACGACCCCGCAACCUUCAGACUAUCCAUCUGUCCGGGUGGAAGACCAAAUUGGUCCUGCUGCCGCGUUGGACAAACUACUUGCACAUGGAUGUUCGCGUGCUACAAAGGCUUGGGUCGAUAAUGCAUGGUCUCUCAUUUUAUGGAAAUUAGCGGGGAUGGUAGCGUUGGAGCCUGAGCGGGAAACACGUAUUCCUACUUUUGGUGGAGCUGCAGAGGGACCAAGAUGGUGUUGGAAUGAGAUUUGGAGACAGUUGCUGUAUCGUUAUGAGCGCGAGAUUAAUCUGGGUAUACGCGCUCCGUUUCAUUUAAUCACAACCCAAGAUCACCCCGCAACUGCACCUAUGGUAUUAUGUGUCUCAAACAUCAUUUGGCCGGAAGCUUCGUCUUCUCUGGAGGGGCAACAACGUAAUCCUCAGCCACUAGUAGAAGUCACUGAUGGGUGGUAUCUCCUUAGGGCGCAAAUCGAUCAUAGUAUGACCAAUGCUUUGAAAAAAGGAAAGUUGCGAGUAGGUAGGAAAAUCGCUGUCGUGGGCUCCAGGCUUGAAACCGAACGCAAGGAUCCUCUCGAGCCUCUUGAAGCUUACCAGUCCACGAAACUAGUCCUCAGUGGUAACUCAAGUCAACUUGCACCUUGGCACGCGAAACUUGGGUUUCAACGCGGACCGUAUAUAUUCACAAUGCACAGUUUGACACCUGAAGGGGGCAACAUUGCAUUGAUGGAUAUCGUCGUGCUGCAGGUACAUCCAGUGGCCUAUCUAGAAUUUCGCAUAGAUCCAGAUGGCAAGAAGCAUCAGGAAGGUCCAAGGAAUGAAGCAGAUGAAGCGGCGUGCAAGGAAAGCUGGAGAAAAAAGCGUGAAGCUGCCGAGUCUAAAAUUUACGAAAUGCACGAAAAGAAAAUUGCGCGGUAUCUCUCGUAUACUGAACGUCUUGAUCAGAAAGCAGCUCAAUUUGCGCAUUCUCUGUCUGAAGACCCACCGGAAAACAUCGACAGCCUUUAUGAGGAACUCGAAGUGCCAGAAGAUGCUGGGCAAGUAAUAUCACAAACCAAAGGCAACGAAGCCGCAUGGCUAGCACGGUAUAUACGGGAACGACUCGAAAAGGAUCGAGAAAGGGUAAAAGAUGAGUUAGAGAAAGAGGUAGAUGAUAUUUGCCCAUCCCGCAACGUUCGCUCCUUCAGGGUUAUCAUUGUUCAAGACUCCCGAACGAGUAAAUUUCCUUCCCACAGGACCGCCCAAUUAACAAUAUGGGAUGUUAUGGACCUCAAGCUGACGGAAGAGAAACCUCGGGGCUAUUUUGAAAUAGGUUGGAGGUGCCGUGUGACAAAUCUGAUACCUAGUUCGAAGGCGGCAUGGAUGGGAAAUGAGCCGGAUUCUCAGAUUUUUUUGGUGAGCACGAGGGUAUCGAAGUGGCAAAAAUUGAGGAGCUUAGAAUAA